AUGAAGUCUGGAACUGAAUUACGGAAACUUUUGCUUAUUUUAGCUUUGGUAUGGUUUUCAGCCUUGUGCGUCACUGCCAAUAAUGACACUUUGAGCUUCCAAAAUGGUGAUCCUAAUGUCCUUAACGGCAAUGGUAUGCCACCUCCUGUUAAUGGAAUGCCACCUCCUGGUAAUGGUAUAGCUCCAAGUAAUGGAACUGGCUUUCAAGGACCCGGAAGUACCCCUCAAAAUGGACCAAUGAGUGGUGGACCAAAUAGUGGAGCUAUGGAUAAUAACAAUUCAGGUUAUGGACAGAAUAAUGCUGGAUAUAAUGGACAAAAUAGUGGAUACAACAGGAAUGGCAUGUUUGGAGGUGGAGGUUUUGGUCAAAAUAAUGGAUAUAGCCAGCAAGGCUAUCAAAAUCAAGCACAAAAUGGCGGAUAUGGAACACAAAAUGGAGGUUAUGGUCAAAAUAAUCAAAAUGGUGGAUAUAAUUCACAGAAUCAAGGUUAUGGAAGUGCUAGUAGCUUUGGUAAUCAAAAUGGUGGCUUAUUCGGUAGUAAUAGUCAGAACUAUGGACAGAACACUCAAUAUGGUGGAUAUGGAGCUCAGUCUGGACAAAAUGGUGAACAAUACAGUCAACCUGUUCAACAAAGUCAAGCUGCAGUACAGGGUGGUCAAUACUCAGGACAAACUAGUCAAAAUGGAGGAUACGGAGGUCAAAAUAAUCAAAAUGGAGGUUUUGGGAGUCAACUAAGUCAAAAUGGAGGUCAAAAUAAUCCAAAUAAUGGACAAUUUGGUCAGAACAUGGGCUAUGGAAAUCAAGCUGGACAAAAUGGAGGCUAUGGAAAUCAAAAUGGCGGAUAUCAACAAGGAGGAAAUAAAGCUGGAAAGAUUAAUGGUGGAAGUAAAAGUCAAAAUAGUCAAAAUGGUAACCGAGAAGGAUACGGAGGAAGUCAAGGAAGUCAAGGAGGCUAUGAGGGCAAUCAAGGAGGGUAUGGAGGGGGUGUGGGUAGCUCUAGAGGCAAUCAGGGAGGUGGUAAAGGAGGCAAAGGUGGAAAAGGAUAUUAA